UGCCUUCAGAAAUUAAUGGCCAUGAGUUCGUACAUGGUAAAUUCCAAGUAUGUGGAUCCCAAAUUUCCUCCAUGCGAAGAAUAUUCGCAGAAUAGUUAUAUACCUGAGCAGGGCUCUGGCUACUUCAGUCCAUCGCAGGACACUGAUUUCCAACAUCCAGGGAUCUACUCACGGUCAAACUACUCGGAGCAGCCCUACAGUUGUAACACUCUGCAGGGCACAACGUUACAGCCGCGGGGUCAUGUGCAGAAGCAAGGCAACGAUACAGGAUCUUUCCCAGCUCAGAGCGAGCAAUGCUCCCCAACUCAACUAUCCGGCUCGAGGACUAGUGAACAACAACAAAAUUCAAAAAGCCAGAAUGGGAUACAGUCAAAGCCUACGAUAGUUUAUCCUUGGAUGAAGAAAGUCCACGUUAGCACGGUAAACCCAGAUUACACAGGAGCGGAACCCAAACGCUCUCGGACAGCUUACACUAGACAGCAGGUUUUAGAACUGGAAAAGGAAUUUCAUUUUAACAGGUAUCUAACCAGACGGCGUCGCAUCGAAAUAGCGCAUACUCUUUGCCUUUCUGAGAGACAAAUCAAAAUUUGGUUUCAGAACCGAAGAAUGAAAUGGAAAAAGGAUCACAAACUGCCCAACACGAAAGGAAGGUCCACAUCGGCUGCAAAACACGUUCAGAAGGACAACCAGACAGAUAUUACAACUUUAUAAAUGAAAUGGAAAGAUCUCACUCGCCCCAGAAGUACAGAUGAACUAUGUAUUAUAGACAAUUCUACGUCUGUUUUGCAUGGUCUACAAACAUUACAUUUUGAUCUUCAGACUAUUUAUUGUCAAGCAGAAGCACACAUCAUUACCAAACGCAGUAUGCGUGGAUGCUAUGAAA